AUGGCCGGUGCCGCAGGGAGCUCUCACCAACAUGAACGAUCCUGUUCCCACACCCCUACGUUCUCCGCCCAACAUCCCAUGAUCCCCAAACUGUAUGUGAUGCCAUGGAAACAGGACAUGAAGAACCAAAGGCUCUUGAUGAAGAAUGCAGCUCUUACAAAGAUCCCUGUGGUUCCUCUUGAGGAGUCUUUAUGUUUUUGUGGUCGGGAACGUCUCUGCCACAGUCAGGAAUCCCCCACCUCCUCCUCCUCCUCCUCCUCUGCUCUGCUCACCCAAUCAGGACAGACAGCUCAUCACUCCUCCCACUUCUCCAGAUACAACAGCUCUGUGGUGACCACCAGGCGCCUCUACCAAACAUGA